AUGCGUUCGGUGUCGACGCGAUCGACCGCGCGCGUGCGCGCGAGGUCGACGCGAACGACGUCGAGGCGCGCGCGAUGCGUCGAGGCGCGAGCGGAGGCGAGCUCGAAGAAUCUCGAGGUGAUGCGAAAGUUCUCUGAGCAAUACGCGCGUGGGAGUGGGACGUAUUUUUGCAUGGAUAAGAGCGUGACCGCCGUCGUGAUUCAAGGCUUGGCGGAACACAAGGAUACGCUCGGCUCGCCGCUGUGCCCGUGCAGGCACUACGACGAUAAAGAGGCUGAAGUCGCGCAAGGGUUCUGGAACUGCCCGUGCGUGCCGAUGCGCGAGCGUAAGGAAUGUCACUGCAUGCUUUUCUUGACGGACGACAACGACUUCGCGGGCGACGAGCAAACCAUCACGAUGGACGAGCUGAUCGAACUCACGGAAGACAUGUGA